UGAUUAUGUCACUGGGUCCUGGGGGUGUGGUGACUUUCAGCAGCUGAGAGCAAAUCGCGGCUCCUUCGCUUCACGCACUUUAAUGGAUCACCUGACGCGUUGAGUCGUAUUUCACUCAUUUCAACCAUGAAUUUCGUCAGGUCGCGGCUUUCCAUCACCAAACUAUUAGGUCAGCGAUGCAGACACGUCACAGAAACAUGGAGCCACAGAGGGAUGUGCAAUAAACCACAGGAGGUGAAAACAGAGCCUCUGCCUGCAGCCCCAGCAGAAGCAUCUCGUCCUGCGUUCAGAAUCCCAGGCUCCAGACCCUCAGAGAUGGACAAGAAAUUUUUGAUCUGGUCAGGACGUUUUAAGACCCCAGACCAGAUACCAGAGCUUGUGUCAUAUGAGAUGAUCGAUGCUGCCCGAAACAAAGUCAGAGUGAAAAUGUGCUAUCUGAUGAUGGCGACCACAAUAUUGGCGUGUCUGUUCUCGGUGAUCCUGGGCAAGCGGGCGGCCGGACGGCAGGAGUCCCUAACUGCUCAAAACAUAGAGAAAAAAGCUCGGUGGAGGGAGGAACUCCACAAACAACAGGAAGCUGCUGCUUUGUCUGAGAAAGCUCAGUGAAGGAGAACUGUGUGUCCCUUCACAACUAUGUUCCCUUCCUACUGUAUGUCUCACAACGUCAAUGCUCUCCACUCCGAUUCCUUUGGAGAAAUAGAGCAGCUAGAAGAUAUUGAAGCAGUCAAUACUGAGUACUUUGAACAACCAGCAGAUUGACUUUAAACAAACAACAAUGGGUUAUUUAAUUGUUUUGAAACCCAGUGUGUGAAUGUAUCAAGGUUAAAAAGUGAAACCUGUUUUUCAGGAUGCUACACUUAUCAUUAUUUGUUGUGGUAUCACUUAUUUGUAUUUGGAGAAUGCAAACAAUGAUUUUCAGAUUAUAAAUCAGUUGCACAAACCCAACACAUAUACCUCUCAAGCUCUCCAAUAAAAAUGCCUUAGAUGUCCCUGUUUUUAAAUUUGCCUCUAAGGAAGCAAUAUUGUUUUUAUCCGCCUUGUAAAGACACUUCAGCCCUCAAGGGUUUUAAAUGGUCUUCAGUUUUUUAAAGUGAACACCAACAAGCUGCUCAUGCUUCAAUGAUCCACCUGGACAAUCCUCUAUCCUGUUCUGUCAUUAAUGUAAUCAGGCUUAUUUGUGAGAUGUCUUUGUACAUGGUGAUCACCAAGAUAAUUCAGUUAAAUAAAGUAUUGCUCAUUGAAUAUGUGAA